AGGCCUCCCUGGCCACCUUGGCUGCUUUGGCUCCCAAAUGGCACCCGCACGAGCACUGUGAUGAUUAUCGUCGGUUGGACAUGUGCGAAGACAAUGCUGGGGAAAUAAUCGAAGGGAUUGGCAACGAAGUCUUGUUCGCCGUGCCAGCGAUCCUGGCAGCCAUCGUCGGACUCCUGGGCUUCGUAGGAUGGCAGCAGCUGCGGCAGCUCUCGUCGGCCCGAGCGGCCGAGCAUUUGUGGACGCGGCGGCCGGACCCCACGACUGAUCGGCUGGACAAUGGUACGGCCGGGCACCCGGACGGCAACAGGAUGCAGUCGCCACGCUACGGUGCCGACGCGCAGUGCCCCAUCUGCCUCACUGAGCCUCGCUACCCCGUCGAGACAAACUGCGGACACCUCUUCUGCGCAAACUGCCUGGUGCUGUACUGGCGCCAUGGAAACUGGAGGGGUGCUGUUCGGUGUCCUGUUUGCAGGCAACAGGUGUCUGUGAUGUUACGGUGCUUCCAAGAACAGCAGGUGAACGAAGAUGCGGACGUACAGCGGGAAGAGCGCUCGCGUCUCCUCAGGGACAUCAACGACUACAACCGCCGGUUUUCCGGCGAGCCCAGGCCGUGGCUGGACCACCUCCGUGACCUGCCCACCCUGCUGCGCCACGCCGGGUCAGAGUUCUUCUCCGUGGGCGGGAUCAUGUACAUGUUCCGGCUGCGCAUCGUGCUCUGCUUCGUGGCCGCCGUCAUGUACCUCAUCUCCCCGCUCGACAUGAUCCCGGAAGCCAUCUUCGGCAUCCUGGGACUGCUCGACGACGUCUUUGUCGUGCUCCUCCUCGCCAUCUACGUCACCGUCAUUUACCGGCGAUUCCUGGCAACCCGCUGGCAAGAGGAGACCACCUGACCCCUCCCAUUCCCCCGCUUUCCCCAAAGUGGUCUCUCCGGAACGAGUGUCGACGUUUCGCCCCUUCCUCGAAAGCCGGCUGUGAUCAAGCGAGAGACUGCUACCGGUGUUGCGGCCGGAGAGCUGCAAUCUGUGUGCGGUACAAGAGCGACUGUCUUCUCGCGUGCUUGGUUCCCGAGCUAGGCAUACCAAAGACUAGGAGCGGAAUGAGUAGCCCCCGAAAAGUCUGGGAUGUGCGGCGUUUUGGCUGUCUUCCUUCUGGCAGGAACCUACGGUCAUCCGAGGUGCUUGGGCAGCAAGAUCGCGUUGUCGGUGAAGCGACUGAAGUGCCGUCCGCCGCUCCCAUAAAUGUGGCAUUUCCUGCUAGGUUCGUCGUUUGUAUGGAGGUGCAAAUCCUCCGAUCAGUUUUGGUUUCGUGUGUGGUACCGGUUGUUUCAUCUUGGGAACUAGUAAACGACAGACCCCAUUGAAUUUUUGUGAACUACACGAGUGUUCUACGCAAUGCAAACGGCAUGGCUUCUGCCUUGCGAGUGCGGAGAUUAGAGAGGUUUGACUGUAUGUUCAGUGAAAACUGGCUCAGCUCAAAGAGCAGCCGAGUAAGGGAUCUGUGCCGCGCAAACGUUUAACAGCACUUCACCCUGGGAAUUGAAAUUAUAUAGAGCUACAGUGCAUUCCACUUAAAACGAUAAUGAGACCACUUCAAAAUGCAGUCGUUAUAACAAAUUAUCCUACCUGGACCAGAAACCGAUCGUUAAGUGGAUUGCACUGUAGCAUAAACACUGCUGAUGUAAUCCAACUACCAAGAUAUUAAUACAGCUUGACCUUUGGAGGACACGACUAGCCAGCGGUCGUUAUACCUGCAAGCCAAGUUCUUUCAGUGGACGUUUUUCCAACAACACUUCAAAGGACAUCCGUCUGAGUGAAACAGAUUCGAGCGCAGUUCGAGGGUCACGAAGACCCAUUCUGGACGUCGCUAGUGAGCCAACCUUCCUCAAGACAAAAAUGUGAUAGACCACAAGCGUCCAGCGAGCGUGCGUCGCAACUCGCAGACCCUUGCCGUCCAGCAUACCUUGCACAAACUUCGUUGCGGAGACUACAAGUGAACAAGCAGAAAACAUUCUUUAAUUCACGUGACGGCGACAUGCAAAAGCUUCUAAAAGAGGCCAGGGGGCCCAGAACAGGGGGUGCCCAUCGAUCGAACACACAAUAAAGCCUUCCAUCCUGAAGAGGCUUCCCCUCUUGUUCAAA